UAGUUUUGUGUUUCUUUAUUCGCCUCGUACUUUCCUCUCAAUUUGCAGUUGGCACUCUCUGCUUCGACUACUCCGAAGAUUGGAAGCUUUACACAUAUGAACCAUCGUUCUUCUCGAUAAUCAUCCAUUCUCUUCAUCUCUAAUCCAUGGCCUCUAUAUACACUUCUCAUUUCACCAUUAUAAUCAAUUAGCUACUUCUAUUUGGAUCCUAAUUGCUCUGUAAAUGGCGAAUGCAUCUGGGUUUCUCACACCAACUAUGAUUUCUUCAUCUAUUGGUAUAAAUCGUUCUGGGUUUUUUAACCCUGAUGCAAUCUCCAAAAGGGUUCGUUGCUCCACUACUUCCCAAGGAGUUGAGAGUUUUUCCCCUCCUGAAUCUCGUGUUCCCAAUCCCAGGCUUGUAAGCAAGGGCUGCAAACUAGUUGGAUGUGGCUCAGCUGUGCCUCAACUUCAGAUUUCUAAUGACGAUCUUGCUAAAAUUGUUGAUACUAAUGAUGAAUGGAUAUCUGCUCGAACUGGAAUUCGCAAUCGAAGAAUUCUUACAGGUAACGAGAGCUUGACUGGUCUGGCUGUGGAGGCUGCUCAAAAAGCACUUCAAAUGGCAGAAGUAGAACCUGAUGAUGUGGAUCUUAUCCUAUUGUGUACAUCAACCGCAGAAGAUCUAUUUGGUGGUGCUCCCCAGAUUCAAAAAGCACUUGGAUGUAAAGGGAAUCCUCUUGCUUUUGAUAUCACGGCUGCUUGUAGCGGGUUUCUACUGGGCCUAGUAUCAGCUUCUUGUUAUAUUAGAGGAGGUGCUUUCAAAAAUGUACUUGUGAUUGGAGCAGAUUCACUCUCUCGUUAUGUUGAUUGGACCGAUAGAGGGACUUGCAUUCUCUUCGGUGAUGCUGCUGGUGCUGUUCUGGUCCAGGCAUGUGAUAGCGAAGAGGACGGUUUAUUUGGUUUUGACUUGCACAGUGACGGCAACGGCAACAGGCACCUGAAUGCUGCUGCAAUCCAAGAAAAUGGAUCAGAUCAUGCAUUGGGUACAAAUGGUUCGGCCUUAGGGUUCCCGCCAAAUCGCUCGUCUUUUUCAUGUAUAAAAAUGAAUGGAACAGAAGUCUUUCGCUUUGCUGUUAGCAUUGUUCCACAGACCAUAGAGGCUUCACUAGCAAAGGCUGGUCUUGGUCACUCAGAUAUCGACUGGCUACUGCUCCAUCAGGCGAACCAGAGGAUCAUUGAUGGAGUAGCAACAAGAUUAGAAGUCCCAAAGGAUAGGGUGAUAUCGAACCUUGCAAACUAUGGCAACACGAGUGCAGCUUCAAUUCCGUUGGCAUUAGAUGAAGCCGUUCGAAGCGGGAAAGUCAAACAAGGUCAAACCAUCGCGACUGCUGGCUUUGGUGCUGGUCUUACAUGGGGUUCUGCUAUCUUGAGAUGGGGUUAGAGUUGUCUUUAACCAUGGUUUUGUAUGUUUGCAGUUAUUUGGUGGGAAUGGUAAGGAAAACAAAGAAAAAGAUGUUGUAAAUUGUUUGCAAAAUCUAGAAUUUUAUAGAUUUUUGUGUGGGUGGAGGCAUUGUUUUUCUAUUUCAUCAUCUUCUAAACUGUGAACUUGAAAAAAAACAUCAAUAAAAUUUCAUUCUUUUUCUUCAUUCU